UGGUGACCAGAGGCCAGGAAGGAGGAGGGUGCCCCUCUGCCCGGCAGGUGGGGGUACCUUGCUGCACCCAGGCAGCCUGACCUGAGGCCAUGGUGAUCCAACAGGUGGGCAGCAGGGGGCGAGUGGCAGCCGAGAUUCUUGAAAGGAGAAGGGGCAGUCGCUGUGAGGACAAGAAACAGACGCUGUUGGCGUUGCUGAUCUUGGUCCUGUACGUGGGCACAGGAAUGUCAGGAAGAAGCUGGGAGGUGUCAGAAAGGAUCAGAGAAUGUAACUAUCCCCAGAAUCCUGUGGCUUCCCAGGGAUUUAAAUACCAGACCGAUGAACCCGCAGAAGAGCCAAUAAAGGUCAUCAGGACCUGGCUGAAGGAACACUUGCACGUUUUCUUGGAGAAGCUAGAAAAAGAGGUGCAGGAAUUGGAGCAGCUGGUACAGGACCUGGAGGGGUGGUUGGAUGCCCUUCUGGGAGAGGGGCACCCGGAGGAUCCCUGCUCCAACUUCAAGAACGAUUUGUGAGGGCCCGGGGCUGGACCCUGGGGAGGACGCCAAGUGACAGCCGGGAGAAGGCUUGCCAGCUGACAAGAGCUGAGCUGUGACACUGGAAUUUCAAAGCAGGCAAGACAAUAAAAUACCUGAGACCCUAAGAA